AUGUCAAAGUAUGAAAUCUUGGAAGGAUCACAAAUUGAUGCUGAAGAGGCGAAGAAAAUAAUUGGGGAGGAUGAUGACGUUGAUUUAGAUUUUGUUUACCGUAAAAUAAUGAUAGACGAUGUUGGAAAGCAAUUAAUAGUACAUGAAAAAGGGAUUCAUCUAGACUAUAUGCCAUCUAUUAAAAAGGAGACUAAGGAGAAGAAAAAAGAAAUUAGAUUACUAUCUAAAAGUGCAAGAACAUAUGAAUUGGAGCACUACGAAUACAAAAUACUUAUUAUUUUCAACCAUAUAAACUUUCGUAAAAGUGAAAAAAGAGUAGGCACGGAAAAAGACGUUGAAGCUUUGUCCAAUACAUUUAAGAAAUUUGGUUUCAGUGUCCAAAAACAUGAUGAUAAAACAGUAGAAGAAAUAGAGGACAUAAUGAGUCGCUUUACUAAAGAGGAUCAUGCUGAUAAGUAUGGCUGUAUAGUUGUGGCUGUACUUACCCAUGGAGACGUAGAUGGCUGUCUCGAAGCGUCAGAUAGAAGCUACAAUGAAAAUAGGCUUAUUAAAUAUUUGGAAACAACAGCCAUUUCAAAGCCAAAGAUUUUAAUAAUUCAGGCUUGUAGAGGCCAACAUAGUAAUAGAGCCGUUCAGGUACCUGUGUACAAGGAUAACAUAAAAACACCAGAAUUCUAUUUUUUGCCUAAGCAGGCAGACAUCUUGGUUCUGCACAGCUGCUACCCCGGAAAUCCAGCUUAUAGGACAGAAAACGGUUCUUGGUUCAUAAAGACUCUUUGUGAGGAAAUAGACAGAGCGUACAGCGAAGACUUCGAAUCAAUUAUAACAGAGGUUAGGCGUAAAGUAGCUAUAAAUUUCAGUAUUGUGGAUUAUAACCCAGAAACAGAUAUGCUUGAGAGCAACAAACAAAUACCAGUGUCGACCUCUACGUUUACAAGGAAAUUGUACCUAAGGAACUUUAAUGACGAUAUACAAACUCAUAUCGAUGGUAGCUACACGCAUGCAUCGUCGCUGCAUCGGGUGUAA